UCCGCCCUGACCUGAUCCCCUCCCCCUUCCUCCUCCUCUUCCUCCUCCGAUUGGGUGGCUGCCAUUGCUCUCCACACCAUCCAAGCUCGAGCUCCCAUUUCAUCACCACUCUGCUAGCCCGAGUCUCCCUCUUGACCCACCGUCGGUUUCAGGCCUCGAAAUCCUCGUCCCAGUCUCUUUCUCCUUUCAAGAAGAAUUUCUUUGGGUUGAGGGAGCUGCUGUUCUUGGUAGGACAGGCUAGGCCAGAUCUGGGGGAGAGGGUGGGUUGUUGUUCCGCUUGAAAUCUCUGGGUUUUGUUGCGCUGGAGGUUCUUGCUGGCCAUGGUUUGUCCAGGCAUGCUGAGGCGCAAUCUCUGAGCUUUAUGAAGAUCGCCACUCACCUGCGCCGGUGCUGCUUCCUCCAGUCCUUCUCCGUCGUCUUCCUCUACUACUUUUAUGUGAUCUCAUAAUUGGCCCUCUAAAAUCCGCCGUCGCUAGCAGUAAACUAUUUUCUCCUUCUUCUUCUUGUUCUUCUUGCUUCCUUUUCCUGCGUCAACAAGUGAUAAAUAAGAACCGUAGCAGCAGCAUCAUCAUCAGCAGCAGUAGUAGCCAAGUACUAGUGAUUCCGGUGCCAAGAUGUCGUCGUCGUCGCUGUCGCCGGGAGGCGGAAGGCUGUCGGGCUCGGACGGCGACUCGGGGGCGACGUUCGCGGCCGGGGACAACCGGCGGGAGAAGAGGCGGCUGUCGAACCGGGAGUCGGCGCGGCGGUCGCGGCUGCGGAAGCAGCAGCACCUGGACGAGCUGGUGCAGGAGGUGGCGCGCCUCAAGGCCGAGAACGCGCGCGUGCUGGCGCGCGCCAACGACAUCACCGGGCAGUUCGUGCGCGUGGACCAGGAGAACACCGUGCUCCGGGCGCGCGCCGCCGAGCUCGGCGACCGGCUGCGCUCCGUCAACCAGGUGCUCCGCGUCGUCGAGGAGUUCAGCGGCGUCGCCAUGGACAUCCAGGAGGAGUGCCCGCCUGACGACCCCCUGCUCCGGCCGUGGCAGACCCCGUACCCUGCCACCGCCAUGCCCAUCGCCGCCACCGCCACGCACAUGCUCCAGUACUGAUCGAUCCGGUGAUGAUUGGGUCAAUAAUUGAGGAUCCCCUGUAGGAGCUGAGCUGAGCUGUGGCUGGCAAGAGGAAGAAGAUCUACUCUACUUGGCUGCUGCCUUGAGGAUUAUUACCAAGGCGUAGUUUGCUGCUAUAUGUUGUGUUUAUUAUGUUUCAGUAAGUGUCCGUCGUCGUCCUCCUCCUCCGUGUCCUAUGUAAUGUAACAGUAAUAAGGGUUAAUUAUAUGUAUGGUUGUGUUCUAUGUAUCGUGAAUUUGUGAUAAUUCUGUUCAAUGUUAUUACCAUGUCAUGUUAUUAUGUUUGGUUC